CAGUGGGAGCUAAUCUCACCUGUCUUUGUUAUUAUUAUUAUUAUUAUUUUUGUAAAUGGUUAUUCGUCUCUGCUGACUUCUUUCACUCCUCAGAGGAGAGAAGUUGUUCAGGACAGGUGUCUCACCCGGGAAAAAGCCGCUGGUUUCUCGGGAAAACAUGAACUCUCCGGACCAAGAUGCGGACUAAGCUCAUUUUUGUUGCCCUUUUUCUUGUGCGCUGCGCAGUCUCCUCCUCUCCUCCCAAACCGAUUAAUGUCAGAUUCUCUUCCGUGAACCUGAGGAAUGUUCUGCACUGGUUUCCAGGAAAUGGCACACCAGAUGGCACACUCUUUACUGUGCAAUACGCCAUCUAUGGAAACACCAGGGAGGUCAGAAAAGGAAAACGGGAAACCUGGAGAUCAGUGGACCAGUGCACAAAUAUCGUACGGACUUGGUGCGAUCUGAGUGCUGAGACGUGGGAUGAGGAAGAAAGAUACUUUGCCAGAGUUCGCGCAUUGGGAAGAAAAUCAUCUUCAAAAUGGACUGAGACAAACAAAAGAUUUGAUCCAAAGUCAGAGACAAUUUUCGGCCCUCCACUGGUUUCUGUGGAAAUGGAGAACAACAGUGCAGUUGUCACUCUAAGUGGGCCGGUGAGGUAUUCACCAAACAACAACACCCCAGUGCUUACCAUGAAAACAAUCUACCAUCGCAUGUCUUACAACCUCUCCAUCUUUAACACCCACCGAAAUCAAGUGCUUCAUUUUCCAGUGGAGGACAGGGUGUUCAAAUAUCACCUGAUGGACUAUAAUACAGAAUAUUGCUUCUCUGCCAAAUCAAGAUUCCUCUCCAUACCACUCCAGUCCAUGUCCUCAGUUUGGCACUGCAUAACCACACCUCAAGACCCUGUUAUUAUACAGCUGCAGCAAGUGGUUGUGGGGAUUGUUAUCCCAUCGGUUUGCAUCUGUAUAAUUGUGUUGGCCAGUUACCUUCUCUACAACUACCUGAGUGGGAAGGGACAGACAAGCCCACCUAUAUUGAAUCAACUAUCCUUUCACCCAUGUCCCGUUGUGUUCCUUCCUGAUAAUGCCACCUUGCAGCUAACCAGUAUCAUUCCCAAUAAGCCACCUCCUGGGAUACAAUCCUUCGUUCCAUAUGGAUUGCAACCCCCGAAUCCAUAUGCACCUCAGAGGUCAGAUGUGCAACAAGAACCUGAAGAACCCCUGAAUGAUUUGUCAGAUGACUAUGCCGCUGUCUUCACUAAAAAAGUUAGUGGAAAGGACACAAGACAGAGGGAGCCUGAGGAAGGAGUUGCUAUGAAUAACUUGAAGGAUAAACACCAGAAAAAUGUAGAUUGUUACGAGAAGAAAGAUGUUGAGGUUAAAGAUGAUAAUUCUUCUAAUGGAUACAAGCCUCAAGCUAAAACAUUUGGGCAAACACCUAUGCAGUCAGAGGUUAGUACUUUAUUGCGGAGUUUGCCAUGCUCCAUAGGACACCCUGUUUUAACAUCACAAACUCAGGCACCAACCCAAUCUAAUCAGAGAUCAUUCAGUGAUAAGCAAACUAUAGAUAGCAAUACAGAGUCCUCAGCUUUGUGGCAUACCAAAAACGUACAAAGUGGUACAUUUAACGUCCAUCUAAACCUACCAUUAUUGAAGGAGGAAGGAACGAGGGAAGGAAUAAAGGGAGGUGAAGAGAAACAAAAUCAGGGUGAGAAUGUUCCUCUUCUGUCUGAAUAUGCCUCUCAGGUCAUCCCAACCAGGCCCACGGUCCACUCACAGCAGUCUGACUGCUUGUCAGAUGAGUAUGGUGCUCUGAUUAAAGCAACAGCACAGAAAGCAGAGGCAGGUCAUUUUAAGAUGUGUAGUAACUGGAAUCCUGAGAACAUGCUGCCCAUGCCAGGGAUGACCUUUCACGUUAACAAAAGGUUGGGUGGCAUGCAGCCUUCAGACAGAGGCAAAGAGGACAAUACAGGAGGAACAUUUGAGGAGAUGUAUACAACGAGAAAUCACCUGAAGUUGGAAAAUGUGCUUCUCAGACAAGCAAGUAAUGAAGAGGAAGAAACAGAUCAUUUUCUUAGCAAAUGGGAUUUGGUCAUCUCAAAUGAUGACUAGAAGAAAGUGACUGCCAGUUUUACUCUUAUCUACAAGCAUCACAGUAUCAUAUUACAGUAAUGUACUCCAUUAGCUUUUGAGUCCAGUUAAUGUAGAUCUUUUUUUAUAUAUAAAUAGAAGCUCAAAUCACAAUGAGGUGUUUACAUUUAUUGGAUUUUUGUGUAGAUGAAAGGUGCUGUGACGAGACAUCUUCGUCAUUUCGUACCUUUGCACUUCUUUGGUUUGUGUUCCACUUUUCUUCUUUCCUCAUGUAUUUAAAUUGAUUUUAAAUAAUUUCUGAUGAUCAGUUUACUUUGUGCAUGUUAAUUAUUUCUAGAGGAACAUAUAGCACUUUAUUCCUAAAUAUAUUUUAUGUUUACUCAUGAAGUAUUGUGUGGCACAAUGUGUCAACUUUUCAUUCCUCACUAUAUCAUUUUUUUACUUCCUUUCCUUACAAAGCCAGCAGAUUCUUUUUAUCUUAAUUAAUCGUGUUGCUAUCUUGAUCUUCUGGUUUAGGCCAAAAUUUGUUUGGUUUCUUAGAAGUAAGAUAUGCGUGUGAAGGUUUGUUUUCUCUGUGUCCCUAAGUUGCCAGACUUCUUUACUUGACACAGAUAUUUCCUCAUUCCAUCUCCAUAAAUAGGCCUAACUAAAGUGGUAUGAUUAAAUACAAUAUUGCAAAUACUUUCACUUUCCUUUUUUUGAGCUGUAAUAGAGAAGAUAACUUAAAAGUAGUUGUUUUUUUACUCAAAUAUAAAUGAAGGAAAUCUUUAUUUAGUUGUAUUAUUGUUGUUUCUGAUUCUGUGCCUUUUUUAAUGAAGCUUUUAAAAUAUUUAUGCACAGCAUUUUUUCUCUUGGUCCGACCAUCAGAAUAAGAUACCAGGGAGGAUCCAAGUGCUCCGUCAUAAUUUUUAACUUAUUUCAAUUCUGAUUCCCGCUGGUUCAUUUAGUUUCUGUUUUUUGUGUUUACAGAGUUAAGGAUGAUAAAUUACAGACUUUGUAUGCAAACUCUUGGAAUUAAAUUACAUCAUGGUUUUACAUUGAUAUAAAGUUUUACGUUGAUAUGUAUUUGUAUUGACAGAAAUGACAGAAUUAAAAAAAAUAAAAUAAAUGUAUUACAUA